AAAAAGGGUUUGGAAUAGAUGAUUGAUUGACUGACUGAAUGGGAUUGCAUGCCUCUUUCGGCAGUGGUCAGUUUUACCGGUGUACUUUAUAACUUUAUUUUUUCAAGACAAAUAGAUGAGGCUGAAUGAAGUUAAGUAAGGGAAGGAGCUAGGAGGCAUUCUAUUGGACUUUUGGGACAUCACAUUUAUCCUAGAGAAUAUCACAUAUAACCUGUUGGAAGAGUAACAAUGCCUGUAAAUCGAUUAUCACCAGUCUAUGAUACAGUUGACAGAAAUAGUAGGGUUCAUGCUGCACAAAUUAAUGUUUUAAAAUAUUUAAUUUCCCUUACUGUUUUUAGUAUUGUACCAUUUUUGGUUUAUCACGAUUUCAAUUCAAUAGAAGACUUGAACUUAGCAAUAAUUUUUUGUCAGAUCAUAUCAGUGUCCUUUUCAAUGUUGGUACCAGUGAAAAUGAAAUUAAUUUUUUGUUACAUAUUACCAAUUGUUAUUGUUCCGUUUGAAUUUGAAUACUUAAAAACUGAAAACUUAAAGGCGUCUUAUUUUGGCAAAACCUGUGAUCACUACAAAGACUUUACACUUUUACUUUUGCCAAUGUUUUCGUCACUCAGUGUAUAUUAUGCGUGGUAUGUAGUUAGAUUUCUUUUAAUUCUAUUUCAAAAAUGGUCAUUUUAUCGUAAGAAAAUAAGCAUUGUUGGAUAUGUGGUUUUGUUUUUUGUAAAUGCAGUGAUCCUUUCUUAUUUUCUAUAUUUAGUAACUUUUUACAUUUUCCCUGGAUACUUAUCUUUCCUUGUACGCUCCGACGUGGAUAAUUUCACAAUAUCUGUAGAGGUUUCGGAUAUUUUCCGGACAAAUGAUUAUGUUUUGAAACCUCUACAACCUUUUGAAAGAACUCUUUCCUGGAAAAUAAACCAUGAAGAUAGCAGCCAUACUUGGACAUCUACAGGAUGUGAUGCAACAUUCGAUGGGGAUAAACUUCCAGUAUGUAGAGGCAUUUAUUAUAGAGUUGAGGGUGAAGAUGUUGACAUCAUCUGUCAAAUUAAUAACACUAAUGGACUAGUUAAAGUGAAUGAGGGAUACGAAACUAACUUCAUAAGUUUUUUGGUCUUUAAUCAUUUCGAAUGGAAUCUUGGUAAAGGCUUACCGACUAGUUCGGUGAAUGCAUCCGCCAAAAUAAAAUCUAUCAAUAUAUCAGAACUGACACUUCAAAUCAUUGACUUAACAGCUGAGAAUUUUAACCAUGAAAUAACUUUGUGGGGACUUUUUAAAAAAAGCACAGACGGAAUAUUAAAAGUAAAGUUCGGAUCAUUCAUUUUAAAAAAGCAAAAGAAAAUAUUUAAGUAUAUUCAUGUACCUCAAGGGCAUAUUGUAUCUUUAACUGCAAUUCCAUUUUAUAGUCUUUGGGACAAUUUUGAUCAUUUGGUAUUCCAUAAUAUAUCAAGGUUUGCAGAGGAGGAUAUAACCGGUGAUAAUAAAGCCACAUGUUCUGACAUUGACAAGGGCUGCGGACCGAUGAUACACGCGUUGUUUAAUAUAAGUAAGAUAGAAAAUAUAUUCAAUGAAAACACGUUUUCUAAUGACAUUACGUUAAAUUCUAUCUACGUUUCUACUCGUCUAAACGAAAGUGGGAAACACACUGCAAAGUCAUACACAUGCGUCUGCGAAAAUAGUUAUGGCCAACAUACCUAUAGUAUUCUGAGGAACCACUAUAACGCUUCAAGCAAAAAGUCAUAUAUGUCUGAGAUUAAAUUACCAUAUACGUUUGUCAUCCUACCAAGGGGACUCACGCAUUAUGCGGCGAAUAAGUAUAAAGAAUUACAAAAAUAUGUCAGAAAAGCAAUAAAUGAAGAGAACAAUAACUGGAAAGAUCCUUGGAAAUAUUUUGCCGAUGAUCUACGUUUUUAUAAUGGCAUUAAUAACCAAUUGCAAAAAGUCAUUAUAUUGAUAAUUUUGAUUGAAAUUCCUAUGAUUAUAGGGAUUUUGAUCAAAGUUUACUGCAUCGUUUGUGUCCAUCAUUUGGAUAAGACAAUAUUAAAACCGAAAUCCCCCCUUGUGAUUUGCGCCGAAUUGCAUACAUGUAUUUCUCAGACGAAUAUUGGUAACUUUGUUGUUGAUGAAAACGUUACACAUGACAUUAUGAUUAUCGCCAGUGAUAAUAACUAUGAUUUUGUUGUAAAAAAUCUAUUUCCUUUCUUCAAGAAUCUAGGACUUUCCGUUCUAUUUCCACAAACUGAUAUUAAUGGCGGACAAUCCAACAUUAAUGGCUAUUCUCAAGCUGUUGUUUCGUCAGUUAUGUAUGCGGUUGUCGCAACUACGGAAUUUGAAAAUGAUCCAUGGAGUAAUAAUUUUAUUUUGUCUGAUUUAAUUCUACCCCAGAUGUAUGAGCAACGACGAAACCAUCACAGAAUCUUGAUAAUAAAAUUCAACGAUGUGAACAUCCCACGCCCACUUAGAUGGAAUGAAUACGUUACGAUAGCUGAUUGGUCAACCAGACAAAGUGAUGAGGAUAAUUUAAGAACAUUGAGAAACAAAUUUAAAUUAAUGACUGAAGCUCUUUUAAUGACUGAAAAUAAUGUAUGAAUAUGGAACUCCAAAACUAUCUUAGUAUGUAUAUUUUCAUUAUAUGAUGUGCUUUUGCCUUUAUAUGAUGUGCUUUUACCUUUGUUUGACGUGCACUUGUUUUUAUAUGGUAUCCAGUUGAAAAAUAUCCUUAUAUGAUGUGCAAAUAUUCUUAUAUGAUGUCAAAAAUACUUAUAAGAUUCCGAAUAUACUUCAAAAAUACUUAUAUGA